AAUCGCAAGUUCGAGUUGCGCAAACCCGAAUGGGAUACCAUUGCGUUGGAGCGCAUUGACAUGGCCUGCGAUCCCACACAGUCCGCGGAUGUUGCAGCCGUUGUUAUGCAGGAGGGUUUGGCCCAUGUCUGCCUCAUCACCGCCAGCAUGACGUUGGUGCGUAGUAAAAUUGAGGUGUCCAUACCGCGCAAGCGCAAAGGCAACGUGCAGCAGCACGAGAAGGGAUUGGCCAAGUUCUAUGAGCAGGUCAUGCAAAGCAUACUGCGUCACGUCAACUUCGAUGUGGUCAAGUGCGUGCUGAUUGCCUCACCUGGCUUUGUGAGGGAUCAGUUCUACGAUUACAUGUUCCAGCAGGCCGUCAAAAUGGACUAUAAACUGCUGCUGGACAAUAAAAGCAGAUUCAUGCUGGUCCAUGCAUCCUCUGGCUUUAAGCAUUCACUCAGAGAGGUGCUACAAGAUCCCGCUGUUAUUGCCAAAAUGUCAGACACGAAGGCUGCCGGCGAGGUAAAGGCGUUGGAGCAAUUUUACAUGAUGCUGCAGUGUGAACCAGCCAAGGCAUUCUAUGGCAAGAAACAUAUACUCCGUGCUGCCGAGGCUCAAUCUAUAGAAACUUUGCUCAUUUCUGACAAUUUGUUCAGGUGAGUUCCAUCUAAAGAUUAAAAUAGAAUCGGGAAAUCGUAAAUAUCGCUCAACACAGUUAUUCUCGGAUGUAUUGAAUUAACAUAACGAAUUAUCACUGUCAA